AGAUAUUGAUGAUCAAUGAAUAUAUAUAUUUCAGGUCCACUUGUCAUUUUCAGAACGAUUACGAAAGAAACGUCAGUAAAAUGUCCGUUUAUAUCCAAAUCUUAAGUGUCCAAAAUGGAAUACUUUGAUUUUGAAAGAAUUUUACUCGGUCAUGUGACUGUCCGUUCGCGUGACUCUCUGAUCAUAGAAACUAGUUAGAUAGAACGGAAAACGCAAACUUGGUCAUUGGUGUUGACUUGGCACAUUACAAUCAAAAUAUCACCACCCAAUGAAACAAAUAUGUGUUAAAACCUUGGGUACUAUAUAUAUUUCUACAUAUCUUUGAAAUCUAUUCUCAAACCUGUCUUUCUGCCUGUUAAUCUAUGUGUGUGUCCGCCUGUCUUUCCACUUGUUAAACACUAUCAAGCAGUGUGUGUCCGCCUUGUCUUAAGGAGUUGUUGGCUUUUCACUGUUGCUGGUUCCGGCCGUGAGGAGGAACAACUGGUGCGUUUGAUGAGGAACGACCAGCAGCCCCCCCGCAGGUCGCUCUGAGCCGCCACGCACCCCACGGGCACCGCCUGCGGGUGUCUCUUCUAUGCGCUCUACUUCUACGUCCCCUCUGCCUCUACGUGGACGCGCGUCCCUCGCGAGACCGACGCAGCGCAUAAAUCUCGCAGUGAUGGCUGCGCCGCCCGACGCGGAGAGUUUGGAGUCUCGUAUCAACCGAGCUACAAACCCACUGAACAGAGACGCCGACUGGAGCAGCAUCCACGCCUUCUGUGACCAGCUCAACAAUGACUUGGAGGGUCCUCAGCUUGCCACAAGGCUCCUGGCCCACAAGAUCCAGUCUCCACAGGAGUGUGAGGCCAUGCAGGCCCUGCUGGUUCUGGAGACAUGUAUGAAAAACUGCGGGAAAAGGUUUCACAGUGAAGUUGGCAAGUUCCGUUUUCUCAACGAACUUAUCAAAGUCGUUUCCCCAAAGUAUUUGGGUUCCCGCUCACCAGAGCCGGUUAAAAAGAAGGUUUUGGAGUUGAUCUUUAGCUGGACUUUGGGUUUACCUGAUGAGGCCAAGAUCUCAGACGCCUACCAGAUGCUGAAGAAACAAGGUAUUAUUAAACAAGACCCAGAGCUGCCUCCUGACAAACUGCUGAACCUUCCUCCACCCAGACCCAAGAAUGCCAUUUUUGAGGAUGAGGAGAAGUCAAAAGUGUUGUCUCGCCUGUUGAACAGCUCGCACCCCGACGACCUAAAAGCCGCCAACAAACUCAUCAAGGAAAUGGUCCAGGAGGAUCAGAAGCGAGCGGAGAAGGUGUCCAAGCGGGUGAACGCCAUUCAGGAGGUGAAUGAGAGCGUCUCCCUGCUGACUCAGCUUCUGCAGGACUACGACGGCACCGCCGACAACCAGAGCAACGCUGAACUCGUCCAGGAUCUGUACCAGCGCUGUGAGAAGAUGAGACCCACACUGUUCAGACUGGCAAGUGAUACGGAAGACAACGACGAGGCUCUCGCGGAGAUCCUGCAGGCCAACGACAGUCUGACGCAAGUCAUCAACCAGUACAAGCAGCAGGUGAAGGGGGAGAUGGUGAACGGCAACAACACGUUAAACAGGACCACAGGCGGAGGAACGGCGCUGCUCGAUCUGUCAGGAUUGGACACGUCCCCACAGUCUCCCCCGUCCUUCCCAGAAUUCCCCACUCCAACAGACCGCCUCCACAUCCCUUUGCAGGAGAUGGGGAUCAGUCUCCUGGAUGACGAGCUCAUGUCACUUGGUUUAAGUGAAGGAACACACACCAAUCCCCCCUCCCAGCCCGAGGACUCCACUGCCUGGGACUCCUUCCAGUCCUCUGACAGCAUAGACGCAGACAUCCCAGCAGGACCCAGUCUCCUUCUGAGUCCGGACCCCUCCCACUCUCAGCCCCUUUCGUCCUGCUCCACACCUGGGAACUCGGCCCUGGACGAGCUGGACCUGCUGGGAAAGACGCUGAUGCAGCAGUCGCUGCCUCCAGAGGGCCUGCAGGUCAAAUGGGACAAGCAGCAGUGCAAACCCACUCUGAGGGACCUCCAGAGCAAAUCUGGGUGCAACAUCACCCCGAGCCCCAUACCGACCUUCGCCGCGGAACACGCCGCACCGCUCGCCGUCCCUCAGCCCGGCCCCGCGGCCACGUUGCUGGACACGUCCCCGCCUCGCGCAGAGACGCCGCCCGCAGAAGUCACGCUGACUGAUGUUUUCGUACCGCUAGAAUCCAUUAAGCCCAGUAGUCUGUUACCUGUGACGGUGUUUGACGGACACAGUCUGCGGGUUCUCUUUCACUUUGCCAGCGACUCGCCCCCUUCUCGUCCGGAUGUGCUGGUGGUGAUCAUCUCCAUGUUGUCGUCCGCUCCCGUCCCCGUCUGCAAGAUAAACUUCCAGACCACGGCUCCGAAGUCCAUGGCGGUGAAGCUUCAGCCCCCGUCAGGGACCGAGCUCCCGGCCUUCAACCCAAUCCUUCCCCCUGCUGCCGUCACACAGAUCCUGCUGCUGGCCAACCCAAACCGGGAGAAAGUGCAUCUGCAGUACAGAUUAACCUUCACCAUGGGGGAGGAGGAGCACAGCGAGAGCGGCGGUCUAGAACAGUUCCCUCCUCCAGAGACUUGGGGGAACCUAUAGCAUUGAAACGCAACCACAACCUGACACUCUCAGCUUUCAGACUCCUUCCGAAAAACCACCUCUCCAACGCGACACUGUGCAUUCGCUCAAUUUCCUUUUGUAAAGACGUGCUUUCUUUGAUCGGUAUUGAUUUGUUUCCUUGCUUUGCGCUUGUACUUUCUCACAUUAUUCUUAACAGGCUACAUCAUAUUAUUUGGUGUGCUUGAUGUUUAUCUCUUUACAACGUUGGUCUGAUUAGUUGCGUCGAGCUUCACCUCUGCAUGCUUUUCAUAUGUGGGACACAAUCCAGCACACCGAGCGGACGUUAGUCAUCUUAGUUUUCACAAAGCUAUACUUAAUCAUCCUUUUGUGGUGUGUUUGGUAAUUUAUUUUGCUACGAAUGAGGACACUUUCUGAUUUGCACGGAAAAUGAUGUUUGAUUGUACGGUUGUCAUGUCUGUUCAUCUUGUGAAAAGAACAAAAUUAACUCCGAGAAUUGUGUAUCAUUUACCAUAUGUGCCUAUUUUGCAGUUCUAACAUUAUUUAACGGUCUGUUUGGAUGGAUUUGUUUUUCUCAUCUGUGACACACCCGGCAUGUUGGUUCUGUCUGAGAUGCAGUUCAGCGAUGUAAUAUUCUUAAGAUUCUUGUGUAUUUUCGUUACUUACAUUCUGAUUUAAGUUGCUAUUGGGGCAUCUUGUGCUGGUGAUCUCAAACAAGUUCAACUGGUUUACCGGCGUGAUGCAUGUCAGCCACGUUCAACCCCCCCCCCCGGCUCUCAAACACCUCGCUCAAUACGACUGCUUUGUAAAUACCAGUGAUAGCAGACCCGUUAUGUAUAUUUGACUUGUGCGAGAGCAUAAUAUUCCAAAUGGGUAAUAAAGGAUUUUUCUUGGUGAA